AACACGUAAAGCGACUCUGUGGUACAAGUCGCUUGGUCGCCACAACGCGAGCAAGGGCAGGGUCGUGAGCGAGCGACGCCAGUACCGUUCGCGACGUCGAGGACAGGAUUUCUCGUCUGCGUGCUCGUGAUGUUUGACUUUCGGUGAGUCACGACCCGGCAGCUUGAAUCCUUCGUCGAAGAGGCAAGGACGUUACAGGACGGCGCCGGACAUCGCGUGACAGCGAGGCGCGUGAGGAAGCAUCGGAUUACUUUCGAGUGUGAAGGAUUGUCUGGCAGGUGCCGGCGCCACGCGACCCGUGUCAGUAACCCCCGAAUAAAACGGAAGGAAGAUUAAGGGGUGGGAAAAGGAGAAACGUGCUGGCGAAACAUAUACAUACGUAGAUAAAAGGAGAGAGAGAGAAGGGGGGGAGAAAGAAAAAGCGCAAGGUAGUUUUGAAUAAAAGUCAUCGAAUCUUAAUUAAAGAUCCAGAGAAUAUUCUUAAGUGUUUCAAAGGAAUUAUAGGAAACUGUGACUGAAAGGAGGGCCUUUUCUUUACCUUGUUACUAAAAAGAGAAAGGUGAUAAUUUAAAAAUAUAUUUAAAAGUAGUACGAUUUUUAUAUAAAAUUUUUAAGCGAUAAGAGAGACAGAAAGCGGGCGAGAAAGAGGAAAGGGCGAACGGUGGAGCAGAUGAGGAAAUAAGUAAGAAAAGAAGAAUGAAGAGGAGAUAAAAAAAAGUCAAAGAGGCGCGAAAAAAAAUAUCUUUACUCAGCCUCUCGAAAAAAGAAGAACGUAUAUUCCUACGAGACUAAUUAUUCUACUGAGAAAAGUGUUAAUUUGAUACAAUUUUUAUUUGAUCACGCUAUGUUAACGAGGAAGCUGCAAUAAUACGGGCGUCUCUCAACAACGUGAUUUAAUCUGAUAUAAGGAAAGCUUAGGAAAGAACAAACGAGGAGAGACAUGGGGUGCAACACUAGCAAGGAGAGUGUUCAGCCGGCGGUGGAAGAGGGAAAAGAAGGCGAUUCCGUCAAGAACGGGGAUAUCUCAAAGGCGGCCGAAGACAGUGCAACGAAAACCGAGGAAACCUCGGACAAGGAGAAAGAAAACGACGGAAAGGGAGAAAAAGAGAAGGAGGAGGCAGCAGCCACGAAAAUACAAGCAGCUUUCCGCGGACACCACGCUAGGAAAAGUUUAAGAGUGUCGGAAACAGCAUCGGAGCGGCCGAAGACCAACGAAGCACCUUCGGAAGCUGAAAAGGAACCUACGAAGGAAGAGCUGCAGGAGGAAUUCUCUUCCGACGACAAGGAGCUCUGUCACGCGGUGACGAAGAUACAAGCGACUUUCCGGGGCCACAUGUCGAGAAAGGAGCAGGCUACCGCUGCCGCCAAAUCGGCGAUAAACAUGGUCGAGAGCGCGACUGCUAAGAUAGAAGAAAAGAUGCAUGACGCUGUACAUGAAUUAGAGGGGAUCGACUUGGCCGAUCCGGACUUGCACAAGGCAGCGACUAAGAUCCAAGCGAGUUUCCGCGGUCACAAGGUUCGUCAGGAAGUCAACAUUCAUACUACUGCCGACGAAACUCAAAAAUAAGACGCUUACUCGAACGCAGAGGGAUGCCGGGAGAUAGAUUACUACUUAUUACAGCCAGUGCCAUUCUUAAUAGAUUUGAAUGCCAUCCCCUAUUUCUUAUACCUCAUAAUGUAGCAUUCGUGAAUUAUAGUAAGUUAUGCGCGUAAAUAUACGAGGCAUUCCAGGAAAGCUAAACAACGGACAGUCGAAGAAUUUUGAUUAUGUUAGUUCACUUCGGACCACAAAUUGUAAACAACGAUACCGUUUAUCUUAUGUUAACAAUUAAUCCAGCCUUCUCGCCCGGGACCAGUGAGACUUAAGCGCUUUCUACUUUGACUAGAAUGAGGAUUUUUCAGAUGAGAUGUAUGCAGGUUAAAACACUCGAAUAGGGGGGUAUCCAAAUCUCUAUCGUUUAUGGAUAUAUAAAAAAAUUGAUCUUGGAAAAAAGUCGCAUUGUGUAAAGACAGAGCAGAAUGGUAAAUAAAAAAAAAUUGUUCCUUGAAUCGAUUGCUACAAAUCGAUUUUGAGUACAUUUCACACAAUUCACUCUACAUGACUAUUCUCGAACUAUUCCUGUGUUAUCGAUUUAUACUUACAUUUUUUAUGAGUUAUGUCUGCUACAAUAUGGACGGAGGAGCCAUGUAAUAGACAGAUUUUUUAAAGCACUUUUCCAAGUAUAAUAUAAUACACGUUGCAUAAAAUAUGAUUGAGAAAAAGAAUAGGAUAUAAAAAGAAAGAAAAAAAAAACAGAUAGUUCCUUAUAAUUAGCCGACAUAAUAUUCGAUAUAAAUGGUGAUUUACAAGAAUAGAGCGACGAAUACGCAAAAUCCUCAUAUCUGGUAGGUAUGUUAAGUGGAACACAUUAAAAAAGAACGAUAGAGUAUAACUUUGUCCUGCGCACGAUGAACGGAGCAUACGUUAAGAUGCACCAAAUAUCAAUAUGCAUGUAACUUUUAUAAGUUUCUGUAUUAUGUAAAAUAAACGGUAUGGUUGUAGUGUUU